AUGGAGGGGAAGCUUAGUACAAAGCGACGACGUAUUUACUCUGUGGAACCCAGCAAAAUAGCACAGGCUGAGUUUGCGAGAAUCUACUUGAGCCAUUUGGUUCCCGCUUUGGUGAAGCUAAAGCAGAACCAGACGCAGAAGAAGAAGAAGAAGAUUACAGAAGAAGAUGAUGAUGAUCAGAAGAACAGUUGUGAGAAUGUUGUGAAGCAUGAAGUGGGUAUGGCUAUGGUGUGGUCAGCCCCACCAGGCUUCGCAUGGACCAAAGCCCUAAAGGCCAAGUUUCAAACAGAUCACACCAAUGCAGCCAUCAUCAACGACCACCACCAUCCAUAUUUCUCUGCUGCAAACUCUACAACUACUGUUUCUUCCAAAUCAUCCUGUGUUCAUAAAGAAGAAGAAGAAGAAGGGUUAAGAGACUGA